AUGGGUAUCCAGACACCCGAAGCUGCAGGCAGCAACCCUUCUACCCUCAGGCCUACCGAACAUGCUUAUGCUGUGCGACCGGCUGUUGAGAGGAAGAGGACUGCGUCAACAUCGUCAUGGCAUGGGUCACUUACUAGUCGGGAAGCUCCGCCGACCGAGGACAGGCACUAUGUUGGACACGACAAGAGACGCAGGGAACAGUAUGCAGUGCGGUCCACACGAUCUCCAUCGACAUCACCACCACAAACCGCAGACGUACCAGAGCAACUUGCUGAGCUGAUCAUGACUAUGAUUCCAGGACCAGAGGGGGAUGAGUUAGCUGAGGCUUUUCGCGAAGGCUCAGACCUGCCACCGAUCACACGACAGUCACUGGCCGAGCUUGAUAUUCAGAACAUCAUUACGAACAUCAAGCUACGGCAUGACAUCAACUUCGACUGUGACCUAAGCUUUCGACCGAAUUUGGACGGGGCAAAGGGACAAGAGAAGGUCAAGGCAGCACAGAGGUACUGGAGGGCGUUGGUCGCAGAGCUGGAGCUUUAUACCCGACUGUUCCGAGGCACACCACCACUGCAAGAGAUGGAUACAACCAGUUGGUCGACUAUCGUCCAACACGCUGAGCGACGUAUUCCAAAGAUCUUCUCAACGAUACGAGAUGUGCUGAAGAGCCUGGUGCCGGACCGCGAUCACUCAAGGGUAGACGAGCAUCUGGAUGUCCCGAUGUUGAUGCAAGAGAUCGAGCGCGGUGUUUGCGACCUUGUGCGUCUGUCUGAAUGGAUGGCGUGCCUUCUCAAGGAACACUGCGCCCCGAUGAGGGACGAGUGGGUCGACAAGAUGGUUUCCUACACGCGAACAGGCGUGACACUCAACAAGUCAGAGAGCAUCGUCAAAGGCUUGUGCGAGUUGUUAGGGAUAUUGGAGUCCAUGAAGCUUGAUGUUGCGAACCACCAGAUCAGGAACCUCAAAACACUGCUCGUUGAGGACACGGUCAAUUUCGAGACACACUACCAUCUGGAUCGAUUAGUUGCUGGCCGCGCCCGAGUCAACAUCCAAACUGCCCAGAAGUGGUACGGCUCUGCGACUGAGGAGUUCAGUCUAUUCUGCACCCAACAAGAAGCCUCACGCCGACACCUUGAGGUUUUUGUCCGUGGAAUCACGGCCACCUUGUUUGGUAAAGACGGACGAUCAGACUUUCCCGAAACAAUGUACCUCGAUACCGACCGCCUGCAGAUCAUCAAGGCAGAGAUGGAAGAUUUCGUCUUCUUCGAGGUCUGUCUUGAUAUGUUCGCUACUCUGCUCAAACAGUUUGGAUACCAGGGACCAAGCUUGUCUACUGCACGCAAGCAGCUGAUCUCCUCACUUACGGCAAUCAUGGGCAAUACAUCUGUUGGCUAUGGACCGCACCAGUGGAUGGCUAACUCUGAAGCUUUGUCUCUUGAGAUUCUGAGGCAAGCUUCUACCCUAGCCUGUCGAUCAACAACUUACGAUUUCGUCAACCUGUCAAGCGCGAACCAACGUCUGCGUCACUUGUUUUUCAGUACCUUCACCACCCGAGCGCGUAACGUAGAGGCUGCCGUACUGCCUGCGGUUCUAACUACCAUGGAGAAACACAAUAACUCAUCGCCCAUGGAACUGUUCAACAACCUUGUCCCAACCACAACGUCAUCAACAACUCCUUCGCCACUCACUUUGCCUACCUCGACUACCGAUACAUCUUCUCCUACCGUCCUUCUUCAUCCUGAUGUUCGCAAACUCUCGGAUGUCGCAAACCGCAUCUCUCACAUUAUCAUCCUGCAUUGGCGCGUGUGGAGCAAGAUUGCAUACGUACAAGACGACACCACCGCAUCACACCCCACGACUGCCCACGCGACCCAGAACACCGACUCCCAGAUCCCAUCCAGCAUGAGGACCGGCGAGACAACCGACUGCGAAGCCGAGAACCACGUCGCUCACAAGACCUCCUCUCAGUAA